UGGGAAAAUGGAAACCAUUAAAAAUUACUUGAUUCAUUCGUAUUUUAUCUUUUAUCCUCCACAGUAGUCCACUGAGAUUCGUGGCUGUGGUUACCACAAUGGCCCCUGAGACUUUUGCCUCUGCAGGCAAAAAGCAUGAAGAAUUCACACAGUGGGCCAAAGAUCAGGGAAUACAGAUCAACGGCGUAGCUGCUGUUAGGUUUCCAGGUCGAGGGAUGGGCAUUGCUGCAUUAAGGGGCAUUGAUGCUGGAGAAACAAUCGUCUCUGUUCCCACAUCCAGCCUUCUAACACUAGACAAAAUUCGCUCGACGUUCAGGGAGAAGUUCCAAGGAGACACUCCUGUCCAGGGCAUAUUUGCCGCAUAUCUAGCCUGUGAUGAUGACGCGCGGUCCAGGUAUGCUCCAUGGCGCGCAACAUGGCCCACCAUGCGGGAUUUUGAGGAUUCAAUCCCGCUACUUUGGCCAAAAUAUCUCAUCGGGACUCCGGGCGAUGAGCUCAAAGGCCAAGGGGAAACCACAGCGCGAGGAGAGGAGGUCUUUGCAUCUUUAUUGCCUCCCUCCAUAUCUGGUCACUUCACCUUAUCGAAUAGGGUCGGUCGAUUUUCUGGUGAUUACACCCCUGACCACCAGAACCUCCUCGAAAAUCAGCGUAGCAGGUUCCGAAAGGCUUUCAGCAGAGUGAAACUGGCUUGUCCAGGUAUAAACCUGGAAAUAUUCACUUAUUAUUGGUUUGCCACACAUACAAGAUGUUUCUUUUAUGUAGCGAAAGAUUCAGAAGUGCCGGAAGACCGUAAUGAUGCGAUGGCAUUGUGUCCGUUUGCCGAUUAUUUCAAUCAUUCAAGCAAUGACCCUGGGUGCAAAGCUAGCUUUGAUGGAGGUGGAUAUACAUUUACAGCAACAAAAUCCUACGCGAAAGGAGAAGAGGUAUUCGUGUGCUAUGGGAAUCAUACAAGCGAUGUCCUACUAACGGAUUACGGAUUUGUACCGGAUGAAAAUAAAUGGGACGCAAUUUUCUUGGAUGACAUUGUGCUCCAGGAUAUCAAUAAGAUAAAGAGACGCUAUCUCAAAGAAGAUAACUAUCUUGGGUAA